CAUAUAAAAAAUUAUGAAUGUUUUUCUAUAUGAAUCAACCUCACUUGAGUUAAAAAAUCACUACUUCACCAAAUCCUCACCUCUUCAAUGGAAAACAUAAAGCACUGCUUUGUAAAUGUUAGAGGCCUCAACCUUCAUUAUGCAGAAAUUGGAACAGGUCCUAUAGUAGUAUUCCUGCAUGGUUUUCCAGAGAUUUGGUAUUCAUGGAGGCAUCAGAUGACAGCUGUUUCCGGCGCCGGAUUCCGGGCGAUAGCGCCGGAUUUCCGGGGCUAUGGCCUGUCUCAACCCGCGCCGGAACCCGAGAAAACAACUUUUAAGGAUAUGGUUGAUGACCUGGUGGUGAUGCUGGACCUUCUUGAGAUCAAUAAGGUUGUACUUGUAGGGAAAGACUUUGGUGCCAAGGUAGUUUACCAUUUUGCCCUCGUCCACCCUAAAAGAGUGGCUGCAGUUGCUACACUAGGUGUCCCCUUCGUCGUCCCACCCGACCCUCACGCGUUCCGAGCUUCUCACCCGAAAGGAUUCUACGUCAUGAGAUUCCGGGAAGUAGGGAGAGCUGAGAAAGAUUUUGCACGAUUCGACGUGAAAACGGUGAUCAAGAAGAUCUACAUAAUGUUCACAGCAAGUGAGCUCCAGGUGGCCUCUGAGGAUCAAGAAAUCAUGGAUUUGGUGGAUGCAUCGUCCCCGUUGCCCGCCUGGUUUACCGAGGAAGAUCUUCAGGUGUACGCGGAGUUAUACGAGAAAUCCGGCUUCGAGACAGCACUCCAGAUUCCAUACAGGAAAUGGUUGGAAGGGUAUGGAGUUGAUGAGCUGAAAAUUGAAGCCCCAGGGCUGUUGAUUAUGGGAGAAAAGGAUUAUGCCUUGAAAUUUGCAGGAUUUGAUGAUUACAUCACAAGUGGAAUGGUGAAGAAAAAUGUUCCAGAUUUGGAGAUUGUUUUCAUACCUCAAGGAAAUCAUUUUGUUCAAGAACAGCUGCCUAAUGAAGUUAACAGCAUCCUUAUAAAAUUCCUCAACAAGCAUGCAUCAACCUACUAAAAGAAAAUUUGUUUUCAAUCAUUAUAUAUAGGAUGUAAUAAUUUGAUGUUUUCGUUUCGUUUACGCCUUCUUCUUCGUGAAAGUGUGUUUGGUAUCGUCAUGAAAUUGGAAUUGCGCUGUAAUUGCAAUUUUAAUUUUAGUUUGUAAUAUUAUAAUUCCUUAUGCAA